GGCGAUCGUCAGGGGAGUUAGCCUAUUCAGAGUUUCCUGAUUCAGUAGCUGAAUUAUAACAAUUGUCGCGAUCCUCAGGAGUCCAUGAGGACUCGGUCCGAAUAGGAUCGAUAGUAACGUAGAUUGAACUGCGACAAAAAGUCAUGAUCGGGUGUAACGUUGCCACAUCUCGGCCUUCCCAGCAGACACAUAGACCGGAUAUCCUUGAUGAUUCGAUUGCUCAGUGUACAAUCAAGCAGAAAGUCCCUAAUGCACGGGCACACUCAUACGACAUCAAUUCCAGAGUACUGCAAAACAGAAACACUUACAAUUCUCAUGGAGGCAAAGGACUAUUUGUAUGGAAGGAGUUCUCAGCAGUCUACAUAAGCGGCGUCGACUUCUACACCUUUUCGCUCGUACACGUCAUUGAAGGGCUGUGGUUUUCUUUCUCUGUGUUCAACAACUACUUCGACUGAUCUAGGUCUGAAUUGUGGUAUGAAGUAAAUGCGAGUGAGGUGUUGAC